CGAAAUAAAGUCGGCAAAACAGAAAUCGAUGAAUGAGACAUAUCGAUUAACACCAAUGUUGCAACUUCGUUUUUUUUCUAGCCACACGACAGACACGACACAUGUGCUGUAUUUUAGGUUAGAUUUCUUAUUUCUGUUUACCAAGGUGAAAAGUAUUAUUUAAUUAUUUUACUUAUUAUUUUGUGCUUAAAAUUAUUUUAAAAUGGAAAAUGAGCCAGGGCUAGGCAAUUCAUCGUCUACUUCUUCUGUUUCUAUUAUUUCUGUUGACUCAAAAAAAUCAAGAAUUAGCGGCACCGGCUUUGGUAGAAUUGGUAGAAAAAAAGAUUCAAUCAGAAAACAUUUUUAUGAAAUAACUAAAGGAACAAAAACAAUUUUGAAGUGCCAGGUGUGCGAAAAUGAAGUAAGUAAUAAGGCUUGCCGAUUAAGGAAGCACUUUGAAAAAUGUACUAAAAAACAAGAUGCAAAAGAAGAUAUAUGUGAUUCAACGGAGGGUUCAUCGGGUUCAGAAACUGAAGAUUCUAAUAAUCCAGCAAUCAAUAUUAGCCGAAAGCGUAGGAAGCCUGAUGUUCAAGUACAAAUUCAACAACUAAAACAACAAAAAUUGAAUCAAUUCUUACUUAAAACAACCGAAACUGAUAAACAAAAACUCGAUUUAUCCUUAGCAUCUUACUUUUAUUCUUCUGGUGUACCUUUCCGACAUUCUGAAAAUUUUUAUUUUAAAAAAAUGAUAAGUGAUUUAAGACCGGGAUACACUCCACCUAACAGAAAAAAACUGGCUGGCGAAUUAUUAAAUAAAAUUUAUAACAAAACCCAGGAAGACGCAAAAAAUCAUUUAAAUGGUAAAUCGGUUACACUGAUACAAGACGGUUGGUCUGCUAUCCAUAACGAACCAGUGAUAGCAAGUUGUGUCUCUGAUGGUGAAAAAUCUUUCUUUUUGUCAUCGUAUGAAACUGGUUCUAACCAAAAAACGAGUAAAUAUUGUCUUGAUUUGGCUGUGAAAGACAUUAUGGAAGCAGAAAAUAGUUACCAGGAGAAGCCCGCUGGAACAGUGUUAUAG